UAAAAACAUAUAGCGAAAUUAAUUGUGGUCUGAGGCCUGAUGGUGUGUCGGUUUAACUAGUAUGCAAUGAGCAUGCGCACCGACUCAUUCAUUUAAAUUUCUCUUGCAAAACUGAUUUCAACGGAAUUAUUCUUUAUAGACCUCACCUAUUACUUUACAAAUACCAACAUACAUUGCUGGUUUUCAUGAUGAUGGUAUGGUCUCUAAAAUGCGAUACAACACUUUGGGUGACACAGGACUGCAGGUGUCUGUGCUGAGUUUUGGAGCUUCUUCGCUUGGAAAUGUAUACCGGUUGACCGAUGAAGGAGAAUCAAUUCAAGUGGUCCAUGAAGCACUGAAGCGUGGGAUAAAUUACAUUGACACUGCGCCAUGGUAUGGCCAUGGGAAGUCGGAGACGGUGCUUGGCAAAGCUUUAAAAGAUAUUCCACGUGACUCUUACUAUAUCGCUACGAAAGUGUGUCGAUACCAGCCUGAGGUGGAGAAGCAGUUUGACUUCAGUGCACAACGAACAAUCCAGAGUGUUGAUGAGAGUCUACAAAGACUGGGUCUGCCGUAUGUCGACUUCAUUCAGGUUCAUGAUAUGGAGUUUGCACCCAGUCUUGAUAUUGUCAUCAAUGAAACGCUGCCAGCCCUUCAGAAAGUGAAAGAGUCGGGAAAGGCAAGAUUUAUUGGAAUCACAGGGUAUCCACUGGAAAAUUUCAGGACAGUGAUAGAUCGUAGUUCUGUGAAGAUUGACACAGUUCUGACAUACUGCCAUGGCUCCAUGAAUGACAAUUCUCUUUCUGAUUUUAUUCCAUACUUCAAGUCGAAGGGAGUUGGGAUUGUGAAUGCCUCGCCUAUCAGCAUGGGUCUGUUGUCGGACAGAGGGCCGCCGGCCUGGCAUCCAGCGCACCAACACAUCAAGGACGUCUGUGCUGCUGCGGCAACAUUCUGCAGUGCAAAUGGAGUUGACAUUUCUCGUCUGGCAAUGGACUUCACCCUCUCACAGCCUGACUAUGACACGACACUCGUCAGCACUGCUAGUUUGAAGAACCUUUACAAGAAUAUUGAAUCAGUCUACUGUCCACUCACAGACAAGGAGAAGACCAUUCAACAACAGGUCUUAGAAAGAUACAUGAAACCUUUGAAGAACAGACACUGGGAGGGAGUUGAAGUGGAACAGUACAGAAAGGAACUCGCCGCUGUGCAGUGAAGACGUGUGCAUGUUCUUUACAGAGUGCUGUCAGAGGAGAUUCUUACUCAGGGAAUUGUGGGUAAUCAAACAUUGUGAAUAGUGAAGAAUUGUGGGUAUUUACAAAAUUAAGAAUUGUAGGUAAUCAGUAUGUAAAUUAUGAUGAAUUGUGGGUAAUCAAAAUGUAGAGGUAAUCAAAUAGUUAUAGGUAGUGUAUUCAUCGACUUCAGUUGGCUAGCCACAUUGAAGAGUUGAUAGUGUGAAUUGAGAUUGGGGCUGAGGAAUUUUUAAUACUGAACCGAUAGGUUUGACAACCAAAACUCUGCAUUGAAGAUGCUAUUUUAGCUAAUCAUGUUUUAACUUUGAAGUAUCUUCAUGCAAAAAGUAUUCACAAGUGGCUAAGUUAUGCAGUUUUAUUAGCCAAGUGAUUAGAGUUUUAUAUUAGCUUGUAAAAAAAGAAAGAAAAAAAAGGUGCAUACUGGGUAAAUCUGCUUGUGAUUUAUCUUUAUUUAUGUGUAAACUAGUGAUCCUUUGCCUGUUUAAGAUUUGUUGUUUUAUGAGAUUUUAUAUUAUAACAGUUUUUAUAUCUACUUUUUAUUGAAUAUCCUGCUUCUUCCCAGAUUAAUUACAUCACAGUGCCAUAUUAAGUUGUUAUCCGGUAUCAGUUCUGUAUUCAGUCUUGUUACUGUUAAUUGGCUGUCUACAGUAGUAUUAAAUGCUGGUUUCUAAAACUUGUUAAUAGUGGUCUUUGUGGACCAUGUUAGAUUGUGUAGGAGAAUGGUAAGUUGGUAACUUAACCUUCUGACUACUGCAGGCAAGAUAUCUAGCCGGACGUCACGCAAGCAGACGCACUGUAUACCACAAACGGUACAUGCACUCGUUCAUGUUUCCCACCAAUUUACACACGGCACUGCCCAGACUUAGUAGAACAACAACACUGAUCAAGACUAAUCAUGAUAAAGGCUUGUUUAGGUGGAGGUUUUUAUGUAUUUCAUAGUUCCAAACUUGCCAAACUUUGCAAAUAUUAUUAGUGUUUUAUUCAGGAUUUUAAUAUGGCAAAGUUCCAUUGCCAUAGUAGCACACUUAACAUUCAUUAAUUUUGAUUAAAAUUUAAGGUUAGUCAAAAGUGAACAUGAAGAACACUGCCAAGUUGAAAUAUUGUUAAUUGUUUUGAGUGACUUGUGAUAAUCACAUAAUUUUUGUAUGUGGGGAUCCAAAACAUAUUCUGGAUUUGUUUUAACCACAAUCUUUAUGGUGUCCAGUAUAAAUAUUUUGGUUUAGUAGGUGUACUUACAUUUAUACAAUCAUGUAUUGAAUUUUUUUAUACAAUAAUUUUGUGAUAUGAGGUGAAGAAAAGUAUUCCACAAUAUAUAAAUGGUAUCUAAGGGACACAUGUAGUAUUCUAUUUCUUAUGUAUGAAAAGUAAGUUUUAAUCUAAACUUUUUCAAAUAAAAUGUAUUUACAAUGCUUGCACAUACGAUGAACUUGCGCCAGAGAAAUCAGAUUCAGGUUAACUUAUAUGUCAUCGAACAAUCAGUUUUGAUCAUAUGGCUGUGGCCAGUGGUAUGUCUGAUUUGAUCAAUAAUAUUUCCAUAUAGUUACCUUUUGUGACACCGAAUAGCUGAUGUCUAUGUUUGUGCUGGAGUGUCAUUAAACAUUCAUUCAUUCAUUCAUUCAAUUCAUUCAUUCAUUCGAUAACACAUGUUAUUAACAUCUUACUAUGUGAGAUUAUAAAUAACUCAUGGUGUUCUCACCACCAUAUGAGUAAAAAAUUGACAUAAAACAGUUUUUACACUGAAGUCAGAAUGAUAACUUGAAACAUCCAGGUGUUUAACAGAUUUCAAGAAGCCUGGACAUUAUUUCAAUCUAUUUCAUGAUGUUGAAAUGAUGCAUAAUGUCCAAUGGGGUGGUAUGUGAUGAUGCUUUAACGGUUUUGAUUCUACAAGUUUUCUCACAAUUUCAAAAUUAAUAUCAACCAUAAAAUUUAUUUCUUAUUCUGGGGUUUUUCUUAGCUUUUCGAAGUAAAAAGGUGAGAUAGCUUCAGAAAUAUCUAGCCUGUAGGUUUGCUAAACUUAGUAUGGGGAGACUGAUAGUCUUCAAGUUUGUUGCACUGGCAUCCUUUUAAAAAAGGCUUCACUGUCUACUUCAGUAAUACAAUGUGCCAGUUAUCUGUUGACUUGUUUCUUACCAGGCAUUGUUCCAUUGACUGCUUGUUUGCUGAAUUUAUGUUGCUUGACGUCGUCAUUCGAGCUUGUCGCUAUGACACUUGCCCUCACUCGAUCAAAUGUCUGCCCUUCAUCUUUUCACCACACACAGGUACCUGGAACCUGCUUUCUGCUUUGGUGGCAUAUGAGUUGAGGUUUUGCAGAAAGCUUUUACCGAAAUAUGGAACCCAAAUUUAAAGUCAUUAACUAAAUAAUAUAUGUAUUUUCUCUACAUCAUAUCCUUGCAGCAGUGUCAACAAUCUAUCUGACUUAACUGGAGUAACGACUUGGUCUGCCAGAGAAAUCCCAUUGGGCUGGCAUAGAAAUGUCCUGUUUGGACUGAUGGGAAUGGAAAUCUAUCAAAUUGUGGUUGAAAUGAAAAUUAAGCAUUGUUAGGGCUUUUGGAGCAUGUACAAAUAGUGUAUUUGCAUGUUGGCAGAGAGAUGAAAUGUGUGACCCCACAAACACACACACACAUACACACACACAUUAGUGACAGCCAUGAGAAAACUUGCACCCUGGGCAGAAGUGACCUUGCAUGAAUUUCCAGCAGUAGCCCUUGGACAGGAUUCAGUGUCGGCUUACCGACGGCAUCCGACCACAACUCCCAUUCUACCUGUUGCCACUUCAACGAUGCACUGUUGUUUGCUUCCAACCGUAAAAAAGACUGAUUAUAUAAAGCCCAGGCCCCAUUUCUCAAGGCCAGCUUUCUAACUGUAGCUAAAUACUUAUGGUUAUCUUCAACCUCCCCAGAGUUUCCCUGGCAGUAUGCUGAAAUAAACAUGUGAAAGUUGGUUGUACACUGCUCAAUUGUUAAAUGUUUUACCUGUUUAUUCGGCACCCAUUGGAUGGAUGGGGAGUCAUACCCACCUUCAGCAAUUGACAUGUGAUAUGAAUUGAAUUUUAUCAUGUGAUAUGAAUUGAAUUUUAUCAUGUGUAUCAACAUAUUGGUCGGUCCAAAUAUUUUGUUUCACUUUUUCACACACUGGUUGUUCUACCAGUGGCACUGUUGUUGACCUGAAGUCUGAGGGUUGGGACUGCUCGCCUAACCCGGAAGGUCAUGUCAGUGACAUCCCUGAAACCACAUGUGAUGACGGUGGAAUCACACAUGACAACACUGGAACCACACACAUACUAAUUAUAUUGUCUGAAUGUUCUGCUGGUGCUUCUUCCUGUGUGGUUGGUGAGUCUGGCUCAAAGACUUCUAUGUCGGCAGCUUCUAACGCUCUUGGCAUCGCUCACAGUAGUUUGUAUGGCUGCUGAAACACCUUGGCUGAAGGCUUUCUGAAUUUAAUGUGUGUAAAAUGAUCAGAAAAACAAUUCAGUUGACUGGUUCUAUGGUACAUGUACUAUGCUGCCAAACCAAUCCAUGUAGGUUUCUUCCAUGUAGGAAUUAUGGAGACAACCAGUGUGUAAAAUAAACAGCAUUCGGAACAUCUCAGCCGAAUUUGUAUAUGUAUCUAACUUAUGUGUAUUAAGACGAGGGACUAUUCAAAUGGGUUGUCGGAAUUCAGUGAGAACUAUUCUUAAAAUUCUACCAAUUGAAUAAAUAUGUUGGUUGGUGAAACUAUCUCCACAAUUAUUGUUUUUAUAGUGGUGGGGCCGGUAUUUAUAAAGAUUUUUAAGUGCUGUAAGAAUUCUUAAAUGUAAGAAAAUUCUUUGAAUGCCUGAGAGUUUCUGCAAAAUAAAAGAAUUUUAAAUAUAAUUAUUCAAAUCCAUAAGUUUCUCCUAAAUGUCAGAAUUGCGUCAGAUUAACCUCAGGAGACUUCUAACAGGUCAAGAAUUCUUAUCCCAAACAAAAUGGCUGCCAUAGAAGCACUUGGAUAUUUCUGAUUAAGUUGUUCUUUUUGUCAUAUUCUCUUUUAACUUCUUUCAGCUUCAUUACACUGAUUUAAAAAUUGUUUUUACAAAAUUCAUACAUGAUUAGAAUGAUACAAGUUAUAUGAUGUUAAGUUUUGUUUUGUUUCUAAACAUUCAUUCAUUCCCUCACCUUCAAUACCUAGCCUACUCUGCCAGUUCACAGAACCGGCCUUGGCUAUUUUUAGCUCUAACUGCCAUUAAUGACCUACAACCAUAUGCUCCGUAUAUGGGUUUAUUGCACAAAUAUUACAGAACGGAAUCGAUUACUAUUUUGGUUAAAUUGAUAGACAUGGAUUGAACCACUUAUUUCACAUUGUCCAUCUUAAGUGGUGUUGCAAAGUCGCAUGUUAAUGUUGGGGAUCAUUUAAGUUACAUUGUAAAGAAAAUCUUUUUUCUUUUUUUCUUUUUUUUUUCUUUCAAAUUUAUUCAGGCAAUGAUCAAUGUUACCUUUGUUACUUAUUUCAAUGCGAAGUUAACAUUUUAAAAUAUUGAUGGAAAUUUAAAUGUAUAACAUACAAACAAGUGUUUCAAG